AUGGCCCUUCUUUUCCUACGGGAGACGAUGCCUGUUGUCCAUCUAUCCACUAGAUCUCGCCUGACGCCCUUGGCUUUUCAAUUAAAAGCCCGAAACUCACCAACUGGAUGCCUCGGAAGACGUCAAGACCCUCUGGCUCGCACAGGCCUGGAUUUGGAGCAGAAAAAAUACCUGGAAUCCGCCCUGCGCGUCAAUCAGGCGGGCGAACUGGCAGCAACCCUCAUCUAUUCCGCUCAAACUCCGCCCUUGCUCAAAUCCCAUCCCUCCCUUCGCAACUUAAUGAAGCACAUGUACGAGCAGGAAGCCGGGCACUUUUCGACGUUCAAUCACUUGAUGGCGAAACAUCGCAUUCGCCCCACUGCCAUGUACCCCGUCUGGUCCACACUCGCGGCAGGGCUCGGAUGGGCGACGGGAGUCAUGGGAAGGGAAGCCAGCAUGGCGUGCACAGAGGCCGUGGAAACGGAGAUUGGCGAGCAUUACAACAACCAAGUCAAGGAGCUGUUGACGUGGGUGGAGGCGAGGCAAGCCCGGGGGGAGGCCGUGGGGGAGGAAUUGCAGGGCCUACUUGGCGUGAUCCGCAAAUGUCGAGACGAGGAGUUAGAGCAUUUGGAUCAUGCAGUGGAGAACGAUGCGAAAGAGGCCAACCCAUACGAACUGUUGACCGGCGUGAUCCGGGCGGGGUGUCGCGGCGCAAUCUGGGUCAGCGAGAGGGUGUGA